GUUAAAUAAAAUUAUUGAAUAAACUUAUGAAAACGAAUAAAAAGAGAAUAAGAAAGGACAUUAAGUCAAAACUGAAAGACAAAUCCAAAUCCUCUAGUAGUUCUAGUAGUAGUAGCUCUAAAAGUAGUAAAAAUAAAACCAGGGAGACAAAUAAGAGCAUUCGCCAUAAAUUAAACGACUCACGAUAUAAGAGACCGGAAGAUAAGAAGAAUCUUGACUUAUCUAAAACUGCAAACGAAGGCAAAUAAAAGCAAGAGGUAUAGAAUUUCAAGGUCAAGGAAAAAGGAAAGAGUUCCUGCCAAUAAUCAGGAGGGGCUACAGAAGAAUAUCAACCUAGAGCAUAACUCAAGUAUGCCAUUUUUACCUGAAGGAGAUGGAAAUAUCGCUAUUAAAAACAUGUGUCCAACUGAGAGGUUAAGAACAGUUAAGCAUACUGAGGCUACAAGGAAGCUAGCCAAAAGGCCAAAUCCAAGGCCUAAUGCUACAAUUAGUAUAGAAAGGUCUCAGGAGAAAUAGAAAUGUUUUUGUUGCCAAGAAAAUGGAUAAAAAUCCUUCAUAUCUCUAUCACCCUGAAAAUUUCUUAAAGGAUAACAUAAUAACUGCUGCUUCUAACCCUCAAGGAAGCGAAAAAAACCGUUCUAUUCAUGGGAAUGAUGAAAAAUUUCUCCUGAAGAGGUCAAUCUUAGGAUCAAUAGAGUGCUAUCAGAAGCAUGAUCGCCAAAAUAACCAAGCUCAGUCUAUCUCUGUAAAAUUCAACAAGGAUACAACCUUAUCAAGAAGAGGACAGACCACAAACUUAAACCAAGGCAUCGAGAAGAGCAAGAAGAAGAAACUGGUCACAAUUGAGUAUAAUGGACUUCAGCAGUUGAAGAAAGAAAUUGAAGCUAGGAAAAAUAAUAAUCCUGAUCAUAAGUACGAAUCAACUGCCACUCGUAAAAAGAAGAAGAUCCAAGAACUUAAGAAGCAGAGCCUCGAGACCAUGCAGAUCAGAGGAGCUCGAGGGUAUGUCCUACGUCCUAAUGAGUUACAUAAAUUAAAGACUGCUGAAAGUCAGAUUUCUGUAUAUGAUGAUUGACAGACAGCUUCUAUUUAUUUCCAUAAUUCUAACCGAAAUGUCGGUGAGAAAUUAUCUCUUCAGACUCAGGACUUAAACCUUAUUGAGGAAAAGCUGAAGAACAGGGAAAAGAGAUCAAAAGUUAGGAUCAAGCGUACAGAAUCACGCAUGAACAAUAAGCACAAAAUUAUAGAUCUCAAGACUAAAAGGCAUCUUGAAUUGUAUGAGAAAAGGACCAAGGAAUGGGAAGCACAGGAAAGAAAAGUUAGCAAAGCUCUUAAAAGGAACAGGUCUCAAAAUCUCCAUUCAGCUAUUGAUAAUUUCAGACAAAAAUAACGAACAAAAAGAGCUGGCAGAGAAAAUAGCCCCUGUACUUGAAAAAUAUGGGGAAAAUAAUCUCUGGAAGAUGAAUCUAAGACGAUGUGAUCAAGUUGAGAAGCGCAUUUUCAAGCUUUCCAAAGGAGAUGAGUUUGAGAACAAGCCAUAUCUUCUGAUGGAUAAUCCCUCUAAGCAGGUUCCUGUAGUCAGGAGACCUAAGAGCAGCUAUACAAAUUAUAAUAAAAGGAACUCCGAUAAUAUUGUUAAAACUCAAUAUCAGAAGAGAAAUGAAUGGUUAAAAGGUAUUAAUCCAAUGACCGUACCUGAAAAGAAGUUCAUUCUUGAUAGAGAGUCAGCAGAUGGACUAAUAAUAGAAGGCAAGAAUAAGCUCCAAAAAGAGAUUGAAAGCGCUUACAAUAUUAAGGAUAAAAGCCAAAUAAUCUACAAAGAUGUGUCUAGUUGUAAAGCAGCCAAUGGCCACAGAUGCAAAAUUGUGCCCUUCCUUGAGACUCAGUUUAUCGAAACAAUGGAGGAAGAAGUCAUUGCAAUAAACUAUGAUAAGGGAUUAUACGCAUAAUGAUGCUGAAUAAGCAAGUUCA